AUGUCUGAACUUGACGGAGAGCAGAACCAGGGAGUUUCAAACUCAGGAAAUAAUAGAGUAUUGAGUUCAGGAACUAGUUUGGCUGAAUCUAGACAGUCGUUCACCAAAGCACCAACACAUGCAUUUGACAAUACUAAAGUUAAAUCAUACAGUCAUAAACCGAACAUAAUACCCCCAUAUGUGUUGGAUACGUUGACUCAAGCACAUUACAAAGACCAAUUAAACAAUACAAACUUAAAUAGCAACCAGGCAGAACCCAACCCAUCACUCAAGACAUCUCAUUCGAAAAUUGACGAUGAGGAACAAUAUAUGAGUUUCUCCAACGAUCCGUUUGUCAAGUCGAUGAACAAUAAUUGGCAUAAUCUUUUGCGUUCAGUGGAACAGCGUCCAGCUUAUGCACCGGGAAGAAUGAAGUUGGAUGACGAAUUCAACAGUGAUUGGAAAUUGGAUGGUCCUUGGGGUGGAGAGGAUAGACUUAAAACAGCAUUAUUGGGCCAGUCAUCCACAGAAGAGGACACUUACAUUGCAGAUGAUAUUGGGUGUUUUGGAUGUUUUGGUAAAAAGGAGAAUGUUUCAAAAGAUCUAGACCAUGACUACCCUAAGGUGCGGUCGAAGGCAGGUUACUGGAUGUCGGACGAAAAGAGAAAAGAUGUAGUUCCGAUGCUAAAGAGAAUAUUUGUCCAAAAUCCCCUUGUACCACUUCUUUUGAGAGUAUUGAUUAUAUGCUUCUCUGCUUGUGCAUUGGCUCUUGCAUGUUCGAUUUUUGUUCUUUCUAGACAUAAGUACGAUGGAAGUACCGUCGAGCAACAACCCAGUACCAUAAUGGCCAUCGUGGUUCAGUGUUGUGCUAUAGCCUAUCUUAUCUACAUUUCCUACGAUGAAUACAGUGGUAAGCCGUUGGGUUUGAGAAACCCCUUAGGUAAAAUGAAGCUUAUCAUGCUCGAUUUGUUGUUCAUCAUAUUUUCUUCCGCAAACCUUUCCUUAACCUUUAAUACCCUCUACGAUGGUGAAUGGGUUUGUGAAAAUGACGAUACACCGGGGUUGGAAUCCCUUGGUAUUUUUACACCUAUAGUGAGUUCUAUAUGUAGAAGACAAAGGGCCUUAGCAGCCUUCUUAUUCUUAGUGCUAUGUUUAUGGGUAUUGACUUUUACAAUAAGUAUAAUUAGAGUGGUCGAUAGAGUUAGCGUAUCACCAAGAAACGAUUAA